AUGAUGACCGUCAAAAACGAAUUGGCAAGUUUAAAAUCUGCAUUGAGGGUCGUCGGAAACGAUAUCAUCUCCACAAAACUGGAGCUGAGAGCAAACCGAUAUAACGCGAUUGUUCGCAUGGAAAACAUGAACGCCACGAAACGCGAAUGCAAGUUGGCCCGUCCAAAGGAUAUAAAAACCAAUGAGUUCAUCCCCAACUUCCCCGAGACGGUCGGAGAGAUUACGCUCCUGUCUGGCGAGGAGGCCGACCGAAUCUUGUCAGCGCUCGGCUUUUCAGAGAGCCGUGACGUCCGCGACAAGAGAGUGCUGGUGCAAAGGGUGAUUGGAAUGCCAAUUUCUGUCGAGUGCAUGGAGGUAGAUAGUCGCUGA